AUGGACCGAAUCGUCGGGUCUGAUGGGAGAAGGAGAUGCCAGUUUGCCUCAGCGUCCAACUUGCGCGCUUCUCCGCCCAACAUGGCCAAGAAUACAUGUAAGCUGAGUCUCGUGAUGGUCGUCUCCCGGUUAAUUUAUAUACAGCGCAUCUUCCACUUUCGCUUCAUCCCUAGACGUCAGCGUCUCCCGCAGUUGCUCCCGACGUUCGUGCUGACAUGCCAUGUGUCCAUGCCUCUUUUAAAGCAUAGCUCCCAGGUGUUAUUAAUAAUCCAUCAUGGUCUGGCAUGCUGCUUGGUGCAUUGCAGAAGUAAAUACUAG